AAUCUGGAAAAGUGUAAAAAAAAGCCCUGGAGGACCAGAGGGAAGACAUGAAGACACAGCUUGAAAAUCUGGUGGCUGGGCUUCAGGCCACCAAAGAUGCCAGCCUGCAACUACAGGUGAACCUGCAGAUCAUGAAGGCCCAGUGUGAACAGAAGCUGCAGGGCCAAAACGAGCAGCGCAAGGAGAAAAGGCAGCAGGACAGACAGGUGUGGGAGAUGGAGGCAGAGCUGGAGGAUGAGAGGAAGCAGCGCUCUAUGGCAGUGGCUGCUUGGAAGAAGCUGGAGAUGGACCUGAAGGACCUGGAGGCCCAGAUAGACUCUGCCAACAAGAACCGCGACAAAAGCCAUCAAACAGCUACGGAAUCUAGAGGACCAGAUGAAGGACUAUAUGUGGGAGAUAGAGGAUAAACAUGCUUCCCGCAAAGAGAACCUGGCAAAGGCCAAGGAGAACGAAAAGAAGAGGAAGAUCAUGGAGGCCGAG